GAUAUUAUAUUCCAAUGUUUACAAAUGGCGCCAGAAAUGUGUCUUGACUUGAUAACCAUUAAUGUUUUUUAAGAAAUAAGUCGUUUAAAAGGCAGAUGUCUUUGCAUAAGCUACACCAUGGAACAAACCAAACAGAAAAACAGGAUCAACAUGACAGGAACGGGGAAACAAGUCAGCCUGACACAGCAAACAAGGAAAAUUUAUUGUCUGAUCUCAGCGCGCACCUUGCAGUUCAUGCAGAAAGAAUGAAAUUACUGAAAAGGGCCGAAGAAGGCUUAGAAAAAUUGAGUGCUGAUCCUUUCAUAGUAAACACAAGUGAACACGGAAAUCGGUUUGUUUGCUUGAUUACAGUAGCAAGUCGGAAAGAUAAGUUAAGUGCAACACAAACAAUUGAAAUUAAGCAAGAUAAAGUUGCCAACGAACAAAAGAAAUCCAAACUUCCAAUUUCUGCUGCAAGACAACGUAGGAGAGAACGAAAAGAUGGUGGAAAAAGUAAAAUUCAGAUUAAAAACUACAAACCGGGUUAUACUUGGAACAGAGGCGGGAGAGUAAAGGAACUGAGAAUUAGAUGUUUGGCAAGGAAAUUUUCUCAGAUAUGGAAAAAGCAGACAUUUGGAAGAGUGAUGCCAAGUACAGCCAGAUAUCAUUACCAGAAACACCUAAUGAAAUUAGCCUUUGAUGAAUGGUAUGACAUGUGGUGGCAUGUUAGAAAAGAGUGGAGACUCAUGGUUAGAGCUGAGUGCCAUUUCAGAUACUUAGCUUGGACAAAACACUUUGAAGCAUGGAAAGAAUUUAUAGUUUUCAAGAAGGAAGAAAAAGGGAAAGAGAUAAUUGCAGUUAAACAUGAUACUAAUCAAACUCUUAAGAAUGCACUGAACUUAUGGAAGGGAUCCACAUUGUCACAGAAACUGAAAAAUAAGAAGAAAAUUGAAGCUACUCAGUUUUAUGAAAAUAUUCUUGUAAAAAAAAAAUGGCAUGUUUGGAAAGAAAGAUUUGAUAUGAAACAACACAGGAAGAAUAUAGAUGUUGUAGCUCUUCAAUUUUGGGCUUAUCGUCUUCAAGUACAGCAUUGGUUGAUUUGGUGCGAUGUUUACAAGAGAAGACAAGUUUUACACAACAAAGCAAAGUUGGCUAUAAGACAUAACAAAUUUUAUACCAUGCAGAGAGCACUGACGGCAUGGAUGGAUUUCUGGACCAUGAAGAAAGAAAAACAAAAAGAAAAAGAAUAUGCCCAGUCACUGUACCACAGAAGUGUCCUUGUUAAGUGUAUGAGAGUGUGGGUGAACCAUUAUAAUAGGAGGAUGAUAAUACAGAACCACCAGACACACAUAGAUGAACUGGCAGAUAGGUUUACAAAGAGGAGAUACAUACAAAGAUGGUUACAAUAUGUGGAAUUACAGCAUGAGAAGGAAGAAGAUGAUGAGCUAGCUGUUACACAUUAUGUGAGAAAAUUGAAGGUUAUUGGGCUUUCAGCAUUUAGAUUGAAUCUUGUUCAGAAAAGAAUGAAAGAAAUGCGGAUGGAAAUGGCCGCCAAUUUUUAUAUUACCAUGUUGACAAAGAGACACUGGAAUCGUUGGAUGGCAAGAUGUGAACACAAUGAAGAACUAGCUAUUCAUAGUUUAACUGUCAAAGCUACAAUACACUACAGGAUGGUUGUUUGUAAAAAAAUGAUAGAUGCAUGGCUGGACUAUGUGGAAUGGAGAAAACACAGACAGGCUCAGUAUGAUAGGGCUGAUGCCUACUACUAUGUGAGAGCUAUGCCUGUUUUAUACGUCUCUCAGUCUGGAUGUAGCAGGAUUCCCAGAUUUGACUCUGUAUUUGUAUUUCAGGCUCAGUAUGAUAAGGCUGAUGCCUACUACUAUGUGAGGGCUAUGUCUAAUUUAUACGUCUCUCAGCCUGGAUAUAGCAGAAUUUCUAGAUUUGACUCUUUAUUUAUAUUUCAGGCUCAGUAUGAUAAGGCUGAUGCCUACUACUAUGUGAGAGCUAUGCCUGUUUUAUACGUCUCUCAGCCUGGAUAUAGCAGAAUUUCUAGAUUUGACUCUGUAUUUAUAUUUCAGGCUCAGUAUGAUAAGGCUGAUGCCUACUACUAUGUGAGAGCUAUGCCUGUUUUAUACGUCUCUCAGCCUGGAUAUAGCAGGAUUUCCAGAUUUGACUCUUUAUUUAUAUUUCAGGCUCAGUAUGAUAAGGCUGAUGCCUACUACUAUGUGAGAGCUAUGCCUGUUUUAUACGUCUCUCAGCCUGGAUAUAGCAGGAUUUCCAGAUUUGACUCUUUAUUUAUAUUUCAGGCUCAGUAUGAUAAGGCUGAUGCCUACUACUAUGUGAGAGCUAUGCCUGUUUUAUACGUCUCUCAGCCUGGAGCUCAGUAUGAUAGGGCUGAUGCCUACUACUAUGUGAGAGCUAUGCCUGUUUUCCUUCAUCACAUUAAAGCUCAUGUUGAGUUACAGAAAAGGAACAGACAAUAUACUGAAGUGGCAGUACAGUUCAGAAGAGAAAAUCUUUCUGCCAGAUUCUUCUUUAUGUGGUUCAAUAACUUUGAACAGAGUCGAGAAGACAGAAUGAAUGAAAGAAUGGCAAUCUUACAUUAUGAUAGCUGCAUCUUUAAAAGACAUUUUUGUAACUGGAAGAAUAGAUAUCAGCAAGCUUUGGAAGAAAGCAAGAAAAAGGAACAAGCCAUCAAACACUUCAACAAAGUUUUAUGCAAGAAACAUCUGAAGGCUCUAAAACAGUUUAUAGAUGACUUGAAUCUUGGUGAAAUCAAUGAUGCUAAGGCAACCAAACACAACUAUCUACAUCACAUUUCUGUUUUGUUUAAGACUUGGAAACAGUAUGUCUUGUAUAAACGACAAGAAAGAGUAAAGAAGUCUAAAGCAGACAUGUUUUAUAAAAGACAUGUGUACCAAAAAGUCAUGAAGAGAUUGAAAAACAACCUGAUUCAGGGGAGACAAUUUAAACAAAUUGCUGAAGAACAGUCCAGCAAAAAAUGUCAACAACUUUUAAGAUGGACUCUACAUAGAUGGAGAGAUAAUUGUGAAGAACAACAAGAAGACAGACAGACAGAAAACAUGGCUAUUUGUCAUUAUCACAGAUGUUUGCUGACUAAGGUCACAACAGCUUGGCACAGAUAUGCAGUGAUACAUGCAUAUAAAAAAUCUGAAAUGAGGCAAUGGGUAGAAAAUACACAGAAAACCCUCAAUCAUAAUAAGCUACAGAGAUAUUUCAGCUUUUGGAGGACAACGAGAGAUGAAUCUAUUCUGAAGAAACUGAAAACUGAACAGGCUGCACAACAUUACAACAGGGUGCUAUUACAAAACUUGAUUUCCCAAUGGAAAGAAUUCGUUCUGGAUUCUAUCAAGAAAAAGCUUUUGAUAAAACAGUCAGUCUGGUUUAAUGAAGUUAGAUUGAAAACUUGGUCCAUAGCCACAUGGAAGCAAGAACAUGCCAAAACACAAGAAACUGCUCAGAAAUCUGCAUUAGCUAUGUGGCACUGGAGUCUAAAUUUACAGAAACAGGCACUUAUUGCAUGGUAUAUGUACGCACAAGAAAGAAAAAGGAAGAAAAAUCGUAUAAAUGAAGCUUUAGAGAGGAGAAGGAACAGACUUGUGAGAAAUGGUAUUACGCAAUGGCUUAGUGUGGCCAAUGAUUUGUCUGGUCUUAGGGCAAAGUUUGCUGCUCAACAGCAUGCCACUAAUGCUUUUAGUCUGCACCAGUUGGUACAGAAGUGUGCCCUACAUUGGAGACAUUGGACUGCAAGGCGUAAAUCUCAAAGACUUCCAGCAUCUAAUUUUGUUACAUUCCAUCAAGUCAAACCAAAAGUUGAUUUCAUGUUGAGGCCUGAACCGUCAGUGCCUGAGGUUCUAAAACAGCCAGCAAAGCAAGUACUCCCUGCUCCAGUUUUGUUAGCUCCACCUGUUGUAUCUCAAGGGGUGCUCCAAGAAAGGCUUGUCCCUACUGUAUCAGAAUCACCCGUAAGAUCUAGAGGACUGGUCUCUGAGGGGUUACCUGGUAAACAUGUGGAAUUCAAAGUAGACAGAAAUCUUCCAUCCAGAAGAAAGCCAAGACAUCCAUCCUUUUUAGCAGAGUCAUUAAAGAGAGCUGGACUAUUUUCUGUUGACCAACAAAACUCAGAGUGUGAAAAAAUAGCAGAGAACAAAAUAGUGGAAAAAGAGAACUUUGAAAAUACAAGUAUACCGGCAGAAAUGUUAUUUAAUAAUUUUGAAUUACAUAAAGAAUCAUCAAGUGAAAUGUUAAAACUAAAUGACAAAAAUAAAGAGAGUGCAACAUUAAGCAUGUUCAAUACUGAGCCUACUUCUACGACAAUAGGAUCCAGCAGUACUGGGCAAACUUCAGGGCUGAUCGGAUCAGACCCUACACUUCAAAUCAGAGGAUUUAGUGAAAAAGUUUCAACUACAGAGAAAAAUCAAUCAGAUAUUGAAAAUGUAACACAAAGGAGUGAAAAAACUUUGUCUUCCAUAAACUCAGAUGUAAAUGUUAUGAAGAAAAAUUUCACAGCCCCAAAACAGGGAUACCGAAUGUUUGAGACAAAGUUACUGACACCUGCCGAUUUCUUAGCCACAAAAAUGACAAGUACCUUGACCAAAGACAUUGCAGGGAAUUUACCACAUGUGGGUUUAUCUCCACGUGACAGAAUUGACGGAAUCUCAUCUAUAAAUAGUACUUUAAAAACAAAAGAAUCAGUUGAUCUUUUGUCGUCUGCAGAUAAUUCAGGGAAAUUGAAAGAAAGCCUGGGAUUUGUUAAAUCUACUGACGAUACUGGGACAAAAAGUGCAGAUUCGUUACUUCCAAUUAACAUAGAUUCUCCUAGGGCAGAGAAAAAAGGAACUGUAUUAGCCAAUCAAAUUACUGAUAUAAGAAAUAGACUAAAAGGAUUUAAUGAAAAGAAGAGAAGAUUGAGAAAAUUACAGAAACAACAUGUACAUCUUUCUGAUUGGUUAGAACAAGAGGUCAAGAAAGGUGAAGAAAUAGAAACAGAGGAUAUUAGAAAGGAAAUUAUUGAGAUUGAGACAGAAAUGAGAAAACUUAAUCAAGAAAUAGACAUUGAGAAGCCAAUGUGUGCCAAACUAGUUUCUGAAGUACAGAUCUUAGUCAAACUCUUACAGGGUAGUGAAACAAACUGAUAUAUUAUAUAUAUACUGUAAUGCUAUUUAUUUUCCAUGAUAUUUUAUUUAUCAUUUUAAGGUGACUUCAGUGCAAAAUUGCAAUCUCUGUUUAUGAUUUUGUUAAGCUUGUUGAUUCAUUCAUAUAAAUGGAGGUCAAAGUUUGAUAUAUUUAUAAAGAUGUGUAUUCCUUUAAUUUGUUAUGCCCUGCAGUAGGCCAUGGGGGUCGACAAGUGUUACCCUUGACUUAACGUCCUCCUUUCUUUCAUUCUUUUUGUUCGAAAUGUUUUGAUAUACACAUUCAAAAUUAUGGAACAGUUUUCACCAAAAAAAACCUGUAAUUUCAGCUUCUUAUUUCAGAAUGAAAAAAAUGGAUAUUUUAG